GUUCAGUGGACAUAAUUUCGCAAUAUUAGGUAUACGAGUUUUGAGCCCAAAAAAUGUUGUGGGUUUAUUUGCUAACGAUAACAAAAUUGACUUGUUUUACUUCCUCAGAUAUUAAUGAAUGUCUAGAGAAAGUGUGCCAUGUUGAUGCUACAUGUGUAAACACCAAUGGUUCUUUUAAUUGUUUUUGUAAUGAUGGAUUCACUGGUGAUGGAGUUAUAUCUUGUCAAUGUCAAGUUUCGGAUCCAUGCCAGAGUGCUCAGUGUCAGAACGGUGGGCUGUGUAUUGCUAUCUCCGGAUCUUGUACUGACUACAACUGUACAUGUACUGAGUGUUAUACUGGACAAUUUUGUGAAACAUUGAUGGAUCCAUGUGGCAACAAUCCAUGUCAGAAUGGUGGUAAUUGUUUUGCUAUUCCAGGAUCUUGUAUCGACUAUGAGUGUAUUUGUACUGGAUGUUAUACUGGGCAAUUUUGUGAGACAUUGUUGAAUGCAUGUGACAACAAUCCAUGUCAGAAUGGUGGUAAUUGUGUUGCUAUCCCAGGAUCUUGUAUCGUCUAUGAGUGUAUUUGUACUGGAUGUUAUACUGGGCAACUUUGUGAAACAUUUCAUGAUCCAUGUGCGAAUCAUUUGUGUCAGAAUGGUGGAAUAUGUCAGGCUGUUGUUGGAGUUUGUAAUUCCUAUACCUGUGCAUGUACUGGAUGUUAUACUGGUGUAUAUUGUUCCAUCGCAU